CAGAAACCCUACGAAAUUUUGUGAGUGGGGCCCCAAGCAGCAGCGACACUGCCAUCCACUACGCAGCGAAACCAGCCGUAGUCAAAUCCACUCCAUCAUCGCGACAAUCUGAAUUUCGCUCUUCGAUACCAGCACUAUCGAACAGAGCGAAACCCGUGAUCACCGACAACCGCAAAGAUGGCUGACACCGAAUACAAUGCCGAGGAGGCCGCUGAGCUGAAGAAGAAGAGAGCCUUCCGCAAGUUCUCCUACCGGGGUAUUGACCUCGACGCUCUCCUCGACCUCAGCUCUGAUGAGCUCCGCGAUGUCGUCCACGCCCGUGCCCGGAGAAAGAUCAACCGGGGCCUGAAGCGGCGCCCCAUGGGCCUGAUCAAGAAGCUGCGCAAGGCUAAGCAGGAAGCUAAGCCUAACGAGAAGCCUGACCUUGUCAAGACGCACCUUCGUGAUAUGAUCGUUGUCCCCGAGAUGAUCGGCAGCGUCAUCGGCAUCUACUCCGGCAAGGAAUUCAACCAGGUGGAGAUCAAGCCUGAGAUGGUUGGUCACUACCUCGGCGAGUUCUCGAUCACAUACAAGCCCGUCAAGCACGGUCGGCCAGGUAUCGGUGCCACGCACUCUUCUCGUUUCAUUCCUCUGAAGUAAGGGCUGUGGGAUAUGGGUGGUUCUUGCAUUCAGUCAAUCAUGGAUCAGGCGAAACGGGAAACGGUUCUGCUCAUGGGCAAUUGAUUGAUGUCGCGAUGCCAAGCGCUAUCUUGGACGGAUCACGAGAUAGUGUUACAGAGCAAUUCGAGUGCUGCAUUCGGUCCAAAAC